AAAUUUGUAUGAGUUUACCAUUAAAAAGGUCGAAACAAAAAGGUCUAUAUAAGUACGUAUAUACGUACUGAUGCGUCAAAUGCUCUACAAAAUUAUCUGAAAAAUAGUGCUACGCAGCGUUCCGGUUUUCCGUUCAGGCUGCAGCACUCUUCACCGUAGCCUCGUGCGGUUGCCAUGUAGACAGACGUCUUAAUUCCGGAAAAUGGGGCGGUUGGCAUGUAGACAGUGUGUCAUAAUCCUCUGUGUAUUACAGUACUAGUUUUAAACUACCCAACCAUAUUUUGGUAUUUUAGUCACGCAACAGCUGAUCGUUUGAUCAGCUGGCAGUGGCAGUGGCAGGCAGACUUUAUAUCAAGCUUUGUACACCGUAACGGGUAACGGUAUAGCCGUACUGCAUGGUCUUUUGUGGAUUCUGAAAAUUACGAUUAGUAUUUAUCGAUUCCUUGGUAAAGCAGUCGUGAUCGGGCUUAUUAUCUUUCGUAUUGGUAAUUGCCAUUGCUGGGAUUCAUCAUGCUAUCCAGAAAGUUACUGCAGCGGUGUGCAUUGCACACAUGGAGGUUUCGUGCUGCAUCUACAACGUCAGCUCAAACCGCAUAUGCUCUGCAGAAGAAGUCCUUGAUUUUCGGUGAAGAAAUCUGUCGUGGGCCAAUUUAUGGGAGCAUAUCCGCACGGAGCGCGCAUUUCGGCUUGAUGUUCGUGCGGAGUGCCCAGACAGCUGCAGCCGUCGCCCCCGAUGAUAACAUAAUACAGUUUAAACUUUCCGACAUUGGAGAAGGAAUAGCCGAAGUGAUCGUUAAGGAAUGGUUUGUUAAACCUGGAUCCAAAGUCAACCAGUUCGAUGCUAUCUGCGAAGUGCAAAGCGAUAAAGCUUCGGUGACAAUUACCAGCCGCUACGAUGGAACCAUAUCCAAGUUGCAUUAUAAUGUCGACGAUAUAGCGAAAGUUGGCACGGCACUUGUCGAUAUUUUACUAAAAGAUGGCAUUCAAUCGUCGUCUGGAAGCAAGCAAGCGGUUGUGCCGGAUGAUAUGAGUUCUUUGCAAGAUACUCGUCGAGAAAUCAAAGAGCAUGUAAAAUCGCUAGCGGCACCGGCCGUCCGAAGAAUAGCCAUGGAAAACAAUAUUACCUUAGCCGACGUGCAGGGAACUGGAAGGGAUGGAAGGGUGCUAAAGGAAGAUGUCAUCAGGUAUCUGGAGAGUAUGAAGGAUACGAAAGCGAGAAUCGGUGCGCCUCCCAUAUCGGCCGAUACUCCCACAAAACCGACGACUUCAGCAGCAAAACCUACGAUCCCGGCGGCGGUUAAAUCUAUUUUACAGCCGUCUCAGCCAGGAAAAGUGCCUGCUGACGUUACGGAGCCAAUUAAGGGGAUCAAAAAAGCCAUGGUUAAAUCGAUGACAGCCGCGCUAUCCAUCCCGCAUUUCGGUUACUGUGACGAAAUUGACAUGUCGCAGAUUCAUGGUCUGCGGAGACAGCUGAAAGAACUGGCUCAGUCGCGGGGAAUAAAAUUUUCGUAUAUGCCAAUCGUAAUAAAGGCUGCUUCGUUGGCUCUGACACAGUUCCCAAUUCUAAAUGCUCAUGUGGACGAAAAAUGCGAGAACAUCAUCUACAAAGGAGCGCAUAAUAUUGGUGUGGCGAUGGAUACUGAGAAUGGUCUGAUGGUGCCCAACAUAAAAAAUAUUCAGCUCAAAAGCUGCUUGGAAAUUGCUGCGGAUCUGAACGCCCUGCAAGACAGAGCGACAAGGAAUCAGUUACUUCCUGCCGACCUGAGAGAUGCCACAUUUUCCUUGUCUAAUAUUGGUUCGAUAGGAGGAACAUAUGCCAAGCCGGUGAUACCACCUCCUACAGUUGCUAUUGGCGCUCUGGGAAAAAUUCAGAUUUUGCCCAGAUUCGGGCAAAAUGAUGAGGUGAAGAAGUGCUACAUAAUGCAAAUUAGUUGGUCUGCUGAUCAUCGAGUGAUUGACGGUGCGACAAUGGCACGAUUUUCCAAUCUGUGGAAAGCAUACUUGGAAAAUCCUUCUUUGUUACUCUUAGAUAUGAAAUAGUUCUUAAAGAUUUUAUUAGUUGGUUUUAAGUCUCAAUCCGGAGAAUUUUAGUUGAAAUUUAAGUUUUCCCAGUAUAACUCGUAAUUGUUGUUGUUCGAGAGCAGUAUAUCAUUUGGAAAAUUGUGACGGCAUUUCUGGGACUUUUAUUGUUUCACCAGAGUUGUUUCGUUGACGAAUGAAAACGAAUAUUAAAAGUCGAAUCAUAGAGGGUUUACUCU